AUGUAUAAAAAAGAGGGCGAAGCUAAAGCAAUAGAAGAAGAAGCAGCCAUUCCUCUUCUGAGAGGUCAGAAUGCGGCAGAGGAAUGUGGAGGAUUGAAGAGAGAAAUAUGGAUCGAGACCAAGAAACUAUGGUAUAUUGUUGGACCGUCCAUGUUUACCGGACUCGCUACUUACUCGAUCCUCAUCAUUACUCAAGCCUUCGCUGGCCAUCUUGGUGAUCUUGAGCUCGCUGCCAUCUCCCUUAUCAACAACUUCACACUCGGCUUCAACUACGGUUUACUCCUUGGGAUGGCGAGUGCGUUGGAAACGUUAUGUGGUCAAGCGUUUGGGGCGAGGAAAUAUUACAUGUUGGGAGUAUAUAUGCAGCGAUAUUGGAUCAUUCUAUUCUUAUGUUGCAUCUUGCUUCUUCCUACGUACUUAUUCGCGACGCCAAUCCUUAAGUUUAUUGGCCAGAGUGACGAUAUUGCGGAGCUCACAGGGACCAUUGCCCUUUGCGUCAUUCCUGUCCACUUCGCCUUUGCCUUCUUUUUUCCUCUCAAUCGAUUCCUACAAUGUCAGCUCAAGAACAAGGUGAUUGCAAUUUCAGCUGGAGUAUCACUUGCGGCUCAUAUUCUCGUGUGCUGGUAUUUCGUGUAUGGGUAUAAACUUGGAAUCGUAGGGACCAUGGCUAGUGUAAACGUGCCUUGGUGGUUGAACAUCGUCAUCUUAUUUGUGUACAGCACACGUGGCGGCUGUGCACUGACUUGGACUGGCUUCUCUUCCGAAGCUUUCACCGGACUUUUGGAAUUCACAAAACUUUCCGUCUCUUCCGGAAUCAUGCUUUGCUUAGAGAAUUGGUACUACAAAAUACUAAUCUUGAUGACUGGAAACCUAGUCAAUGCGAAAAUUGCAGUGGACUCCUUAUCCAUAUGCAUGUCGGUAAAUAGUUGGGAGAUGAUGUUUCCACUUGCAUUCUUUGCGGGAACCGGAGUUAGAGUGGCAAACGAACUAGGAGCUGGUAACGGCAAAGGAGCAAGGUUUGCAACGAUUGUGUCCAUCACACUAUCGUUGACCAUCGGAGUAUUCUUCACUGUGUUGGUCGUAUUUCUCCAUGGCCAAAUCGGUUCCAUCUUUUCUUCAAGUGAAGCUGUCCUAAACGCAGUCGAUAGCCUUUCUGGUCUCUUAGCCUUCACUAUUCUUCUCAACAGUGUGCAGCCAGUUCUUUCCGGUGUUGCGGUUGGUUCGGGUUGGCAGUCAUACGUGGCAUAUAUAAAUUUGGGAUGCUACUACCUUAUCGGGCUUCCGUUUGGGCUUACUAUGGGCUGGGUGUUCAAAUUUGGAGUUAAGGGAAUAUGGGCCGGUAUGAUAUUCGCUGGAACCGCAAUUCAAACAAUGAUAUUAAUAAUCAUCACUACAAGAUGCGACUGGGAUAAUGAGGCACAUAAAGCAAGUGUGCGCAUUCAGAAUUGGUCAGUCCCUGACGCAAGAAACUGAAGUUGGUAUUUUCAUUGCCUUUAUUUGAGUAAAAGACAUUAUCCUAUCGUUUCAAUCUCACAUGUAAUAUCUGGUUCGGUUUUCUAAACCGAAACCGAAGCAAUAACCGAUUUGUAUUUGUUAUUCAAACCAGUUAUCCACACGUUCACUUCAUAAAUGUCAUAAGAAGUUGUAUUUACAUACAGAAUCACUCUUCUCCUUCUGUCUUUAUAAAAUAAGGAUUCAAGCACAAUUCAAAAAAAUGACACAACCAAUUCCAAGACAAAAAACCAAAUUAAACCAUAGAGCUAGUUGGUAUGUACUGUAUAUAUAUUUUCAUAGUGAGACGCCAUCGGCCUUACCAUGCAUGUGUAGACCGGAUCUUUCCUCACCUUAUUGGACCAACCAAACCAUCUAUCAAACGUUACGUACACAGACUCAACCAG